GUAUUUAGGGUUUCUUGAUCUUGAAUUCUUGUGAAAAAGGAAGGGUUUUUAUUUCUUUUUUUGGUGAAUUAUGGUGGGUUUUAAGGGUCUGUUUACUAAGAAAACAUUGUUUGGUCUUUUUUUGGGACAAAUUCUCUCUCUUUUUAUCACAUCAACUGGAUUUUCAUCAUCUGAGCUUGCUAGAAGAGGGAUCAAUGCACCAACAUCACAAUCAUUAGCAAACUAUGUGUUGUUAGCGAUUGUUUACGGCGGAGUGUUGAUUAGCCGAAGAAAUGGGAUGAAGGCAAAAUGGUACUAUUAUUUACUUCUUGGGCUAGUAGACGUUGAGGCGAAUUAUCUUGUGGUGAAGGCAUACCAGUACACAUCGUUAACGAGUGUUAUGCUUCUGGAUUGCUGGUCAAUCCCAUGUGUCAUAAUCCUUACAUGGUUCUUCUUGAAGACAAAAUACCGGUUCAAGAAAAUUGUCGGUGUUGUAAUUUGUAUUGCUGGUAUUGUGCUCGUUAUUUUUUCAGAUGUACAUGCAUCAGAUCGUUCACAGAGCGGUAGCAACCCUGUUAAAGGGGAUUUGUUGGUCAUUGCUGGGGCUACACUUUAUGCUGUCUGCAACGUUAGUGAGGAGUUUUUCACAAAAACUGCUGAUCAAGUCGAACUCUUGGCAAUGUUGGGGCUCUUUGGUGCCAUUGCUAGUGGUAUUCAAAUAAGCGUGCUUGAGCGAGAGGAACUCAAAUCCAUCCGUUGGUCAUCAGGAGCGGUGCUUCCAUAUGCUGGAUUUGCAGCAGCAAUGUUUCUAUUUUACUCCGGUGUGCCGGUCCUGUUAAAGAUAAGUGGGUCCACAAUGCUAAAUCUAUCUUUGCUGACAUCUGACAUGUGGUCGGUUUUGAUCCGCAUAUUUGUAUACCGCGAAAAGGUUGAUUGGAUCUACUUUGUAGCUUUCGCUGCUGUUGCUGUUGGGCUAGUUGUUUAUUCAGUGUUCGACAAAGAAGUGGACGAAUCCGGAGGUGAUGAGCUGGGAAAAAGUAUGCAUUUUGAUGAGGAAGCUGACGUGGCGGGUCGGUUAAGUUAGCGAUAAUAGCAUUUAAGAAAAGAAAUACUCGGGUAGUUGAGGGAUCUCGAAAUAUGCUUGGAGCCAAUGUUUUUUCGUUAAUGAUUUUGGAAAGAAAAUUGGGUUACAAUGGUCAUGUUCGGGUUACACAA